CCGGGCUCCCGAAGAGCGCACGGCAGUCGCUGCCGGGCGGCUGGGUGUCUGCGCUCCCCGCCUUCACUGUGCUGACACAGGAGGGGAGGAGCGGGAGCCGGAGGUGGUGCUGAGUUGGGGAGAGGUUGGAGCGCGAACCAUCCCGAGCCAAGACAAGCAGCACAUUCACAAAUAACGCUCCCACCCCCAGCGCACGCGCUCCCAUUCAAAGCAGCGGGCCUCCGGGGCCGCAGGGCGGCUCCGACGACGCACGGCCGGCCCCAGCGCAGCCCCGCCGCAGGCGCACGCCGCGAGGCCGCCCGCCGCCCGCCUCCGCCAAGCCGUGGCCGCCCGCGCGGGAGGCGGUCACCGCUUCCAGGGACGGGUUUCCCCCGGGACUCCCCUUGCACCCCGCCGUGGGACCAUGGCACGGCUGGCUGUGCCCUGGCGCUCGGGGCUCCUGGCCCGAAUCCUCGGCGGCACCUGGUAUCUGCUGUACGUCGUCGGACAGGUAUGUGGAGACCAAAGCCAGGGGGCUGUUUUCCUGCGGGAAUUUACACUGGUUCGAAGAGAAAGCCUUCAUGAAGAUUUCCUGUCUGAUCUCUUGAAUAGUCACAAAACUGAAGACGCGAGCUCCAGGACAGCACGCUCUGAGGAGGACCGGGACAGCCUGUGGGAUGCCUGGGGCCCGUGGAGCGAGUGCUCGCGCACCUGCGGUGGAGGGGCCUCCUACUCACUGAGACGCUGCCUCAGCAGCAAGAGCUGUGAAGGAAGAAAUAUCCGGUAUAGAACAUGCAGUAAUGUGGACUGCCCACCAGAAGCAGGUGAUUUCCGAGCUCAGCAGUGCUCAGCCCAUAAUGAUGUCAAGCACCACGACCAGUUUUAUGAAUGGCUUCCUGUGUCUAAUGACCCUGAAAACCCGUGUUCACUCAAGUGCCAGGCCAAAGGGACAGCCUUGGUUGUUGAACUAGCACCUAAAGUCUUAGAUGGGACUCGUUGCUACACAGAAUCUUUGAAUAUGUGCAUCAGUGGUUUAUGCCAAAUUGUUGGCUGCGAUCACCAGCUGGGAAGCACCGUCAAGGAAGAUAACUGUGGUGUCUGCAGCGGAGAUGGGUCCACCUGCAGGCUGGUCCGAGGGCUGUAUAAGUCCCAGCUCUCUGCAACCAAAUUGGAUGAUACCGUGGUUGCUGUUCCUUAUGGAAGCAGGCAUAUCCACCUUGUCUUAAAAGGACCUGAUCACUUAUAUCUGGAAACCAAAACCCUCCAGGGGGCUAAAGGUGAAAACAGCUUCAACUCUACAGGCACCUUUCUUAUGGACAAUUCUAGUGUGGACUUCCAGAAAUUUCCAGACACAGAAAUACUGAGAAUGGCUGGACCACUCACAGCAGAUGUCAUUGUCAAGAUUCGCAACACGGGGCCCGCUAACAGCACAGUCCAGUUCACUUUCUAUCAGCCGAUCAUCCACCGAUGGAGGGAGACGGAUUUCUUUCCUUGCUCAGCAACCUGUGGAGGAGGUUACCAGCUAACAUCGGCUGAAUGUUACGAUCUUCGGAGCAACCGCGUGGUUGCUGAUCAGUACUGUCACUAUUACCCAGAGAACAUCAAACCCAAACCCAAACUUCAGGAGUGCAACUUGGAUCCUUGUCCAGCCAGUGGCGGAUACAAGCAGAUCAUGCCUUAUGACCUCUACCAUCCCCUUCCUCGGUGGGACGCCACCCCGUGGACCGCGUGCUCCUCCUCGUGUGGGGGGGGCAUCCAAAGCCGGGCAGUUUCCUGUGUGGAGGAGGACAUCCAGGGGCAUGUCACCUCCGUGGAAGAGUGGAAGUGCAUGUACACCCCUAAGAAGCCCAUCGUGCAGCCCUGCAACAUUUUUCACUGCCCUAAAUGGCUGGCACAGGAGUGGUCUCCGUGCACAGUGACAUGUGGCCAGGGCCUUCGAUAUCGUGUGGUCCUCUGCAUUGACUACCGAGGAAUGCACACAGGAGGCUGUAGCCCAAAAGCCAAGCCCCACAUAAAAGAGGAAUGCAUCAUACCCACUCCCUGCUAUAAACCCAAAGAGAAACUUCCAGUAGAGGCCAAGCUGCCAUGGUAUAAACAAGCUCAGGAGCUAGAAGAAGGAGCUGCUGUGUCCGAAGAACCCUCGUUCAUCCCCGAGGCCUGGUCAGCCUGCACCGUGACCUGUGGCCUGGGGACCCAGGUGCGAACAGUCAGGUGCCAGGUGCUCCUGUCUUUCUCUCAGUCGGUGGCUGACCUGCCUGUUGACGAAUGUGAAGGGCCCAAGCCAGCAUCCCAGCGUUCCUGUUACACAGGACCGUGCAACGGGGAAGUUCCUGAGUUCCACCCAGAAGAGACACAGGGCCUCUUUGGCAGCCUGCAGGAUUUUGAUGAGCUGUAUGACUGGGAGUAUGAGGGCUUCACCAAGUGCUCCGAGUCUUGUGGAGGAGGUCUCCAGGAGGCUGUGGUGAGCUGCCUGAACAAACAGACGCGGGAGCCUGCUGAGGAGAACCUCUGUGUGACCAGCCGCCGGCCCCCGCAGCUACUGAAAUCCUGCAGCUUGGACCCCUGCCCAGCAAGGUGGGAAAUUGGCAGAUGGAGUCCAUGUAGUCUCACCUGUGGGGUCGGCCUCCAGACCAGAGAUGUCUUCUGCUCUCACCUACUUUCCAGAGAGACGAAUGAGACAGUAAUCCUGGCUGAUGAACUGUGUCACCAGCCCAAGCCCAGUGCAGUGCAAGCUUGUAACCGCUUCAACUGCCCCCCAGCCUGGUACCCUGCACAGUGGCAGCCGUGCUCCAGGACAUGUGGAGGGGGCAUCCAGAAGCGUGAGGUUCUUUGCAAACAACGCAUGGCUGAUGGCAGCUUCCUGGAGCUUCCUGAGACGUUCUGUUCAGCCUCGAAACUGGCCUCCCAGCAAGCCUGCAGGAAAGAUGACUGUCCUAGCGAGUGGCUUCUCUCUGACUGGACAGAGUGUUCCACGAGCUGCGGGGAAGGUACCCAGACUCGAAGUGCCAUUUGUCGGAAGGUGCUAAAAACCGGGGUCUCAGCUAUUGUCAAUUCCUCCCUCUGCCCUCUCCUGCCAUUCUCUUCAUCCAUCAGGCCCUGUAUGCUGGCAACCUGUGCAAGGCCCGGGCGCCCAUCCACAAAGCACAGCCCUCACAUUGUGGCUGCCAGGAAGAUAUACAUCCAGACCCGCAGGCAGAGGAAGCUGCACUUCGUUGUAGGGGGAUUCGCAUACCUGCUCCCCAAGACCGCAGUGGUGCUGCGCUGCCCGACAAGGCGCUUCCGCAAGCCCCUCAUCACGUGGGAGAAAGACGGCCAACACCUGAUCAGCUCCGCCCACGUCACCGUGGCCCCUUUUGGCUACCUAAAGAUUCACCGCCUCAAGCCCUCUGAUGCGGGCAUCUAUACCUGCUCUGCAGGACCAGCCCGGGAGCAGUUUGUGAUUAAGCUCAUUGGAGGCAACCAGAAGCUUGUGGCUCAGCCCUUGAACCUGAGGAGCGAGGAAGAGGCCCUCACAGUGAGGAAGGCCAACCCAAAAGAGGCCCUGCAGACCCACAAACACCAGAACGGCAUCUUCUCAAACGGCAGCAAACCUGAGAAGCGAGGCCUCACUGCUGACCUGGGGAGCCGCUAUGAUGACCUUGUGUCUCGGCUGCUGGAGCAGGGCGGCUGGCCCAGGGAGCUCCUCGCCUCUUGGGAAGUCCAGGACUCCACGGAAAGAAACACGUCCUCUGAGGAGGACCAGAAUGCCGAGAAGGCGCUUCUGCACCUGCCUUUCACCAUGGUGACGGAGCAGAAGCGCCUGGAUGACAUUCUCAGGAACCUCUCGCAGCAGCCCGAGGAGCUCCGCGACGUCUAUAGCAAGCACCUGGUGGCCCAGCUGGCCCAGGAGAUCUUCCGCAGCCAUCUCGAGCACCAAGACGUGCUUCUCAAGCCAUCUGAGCGGAGGAUUCCCCCUGUGGCCCUCGCUCCUCAUAAACAUGUGUCUAGCUUCAGCAGCUCUGUCCGGACCUUGUCCUCUGUGGAGGCCAUGGGUGGCUCUCGACGGCCACACCGCAAGCCCACCAUCUUGCGGAAGAUCUCAGCUGCCCAGCAGCUCUCGGCUUCCGAGGUGGUCACCCACCUUGGGCAGACUGUGGCCCUGGCCAGCGGGACGCUGAGCGUGCUUCUGCAUUGUGAGGCUGUAGGUAACCCAAGACCUACCAUCAGCUGGGCCAGGAACGGAGAAGAAGUUCAGCUCAGUGGCAGGAUUCUCCUACAGCCAGAUGAUUCCUUACAGAUCCUAGCACCAGUGGAAGCUGAUGUGGGUUUCUACACUUGUAAUGCCACAAAUGCCUUGGGAUAUGACUCUGUCUCCAUUGCUGUCACAUUAGCAGGAAAGCCGCUAGUGAAAACAUCACGAGUGACUGUGAUCAACACCGAGGAGCCUGCAAUCACAGUGGAUGUAGGGAGCACCGUCAAAACAGUGCGCGGAGUGAAUGUGACAAUCAACUGCCAAGUUGCAGGCGUGCCCGAAGCUGAAGUCACUUGGUUCAGGAAUAGAAGCAAACUGGGCUCCGCUCACCAUCUCCACGAGGGCUCCUUGCUUCUCAGCAACGUGUCCUCCUCAGAUCAGGGCCUUUACUCCUGCAGGGCAGCCAAUGUCCAUGGAGAGCUGACCGAGAACACCCAGCUGCUGCUCCUAGAUCCUCCUCAGGUUCCCACACAGCUAGAAGACAUCAGGGCCCUGCUUUCAGCUACUGGACCAAACCUUCCUUCAGUGCUGACAUCUCCUCUGGGAACACAGCUGGUCCUGGAUCCUGGGAAUUCUGCUCUCCUUGGCUGUCCAAUCAAGGGUCACCCUACCCCCAAUAUCACCUGGUUCCAUGGUGACCAGCCAGUUGCCACUGUCACAGGACUGAAGCAUCAUAUCUUCGCAGCUGGACAGAUUCUCCAAGUUGCAAAUCUCAGUGGUGGGUCUCAAGGAGAAUUCAGCUGCCUUGCUCAGAAUGAGGCAGGGAUGCUCAUGCAGAAGGCCUCUUUAGUGAUCCAAGAUUACUGGUGGUCCGUGGACCGACCGAUGACCUGCUCGGCCUCCUGUGGAAACAGGGGUGUGCAGCAGCCCCACCUAAGGUGUCUCCUGAACAGCACUGAGGUCAGCCCUGCUCACUGCGCAGGGAAAGUGCGCCCUGCUGUGCAGCCCAUUGCCUGCAACCGGAGAGACUGCCCUUCACGGUGGAUGGUGACCUCCUGGUCCGCCUGCACCCGGAGCUGCGGCGGCGGUGUCCAGACCCGCCGUGUGACUUGCCAGAAGCUGAAAGCCUCUGGGAUCUCCACUCCUGUGUCCAAUGACAUGUGCAUGCAGCUCGCCAAGCAGCCAGUGGACACCCAGGCCUGUAACCAACAGCUCUGUGUAGAGUGGGCCUUCUCCAGCUGGGGCCAGUGCAAUGGGCCUUGCAUUGGGCCUCACCUAGCUGUACAGCACAGACAAGUCUUCUGCCAGACACGGGAUGGUCUCACCUUGCCAUCAGAGCAGUGCAGUGCCCUUCCAAGGCCUGUGAGCACCAAGAACUGCUGGUCAGAAGCCUGCAGUGUACACUGGAGGGUCAGCCUGUGGACCCUGUGCACAGCAACCUGUGGCAACUAUGGCUUCCAGUCCCGGCAUGUGGAGUGUGUACACGUCCGCACCAACAAGGCGGUACCUGAUCACCUGUGCUCCUGGGGGCCCCGGCCUGCCAACUGGCAGCGCUGCAACAUCACUCCGUGUGAAAACAUGGAGUGCAGGGAUACCACCAGGUACUGCGAGAAUGCGAAACAGCUGAAACUCUGCCAGCUCAGUCAGUUCAAAUCUCGCUGCUGUGGAACUUGUGGCGAAGCGUGAAGACAGGGCAUAGGAAAGAACUCUACCCUGGCUACACAAAGGACUCAUGCGGCCCCCUGGGACAGAACUUAAGCUUUCUUCGUUUUAUUUAUUUAUUUCCCCCUCCCCACCUCCAUCCCCCCAACACACACCCUCCUCCAACCUCCCCCACCCCCAACAGGAGGAUCUCAGCACGUCUUCCCUUCGGUUAGCUAGAGGACAAAUGUUGGGGACCAACAGGGACCGGGGUCUAAAGGAGGUUGCAGAGCAGAUGGGGCCAGACAACAGGAGCUCUCCUGAAGAGCCGGCUCUCUGCCGACUCUGGGUCCCAAAGAGACCUUGGAAGAGGCAAGCACAGCCCCUGAGGACAGCAGGGAGCCAGAGCCAGCAGCACACAAGAGGCGCGAGGGCAGCGUGCCAGAGGGUUUGUGAAGCAUAGGGACGGACUUUGGACAGCCAGCUGUGUCUCUGUGGGCAGCGCACUGUGAACUCAGGUGGGUGCUGCCCCCGCAUCUCCACCUCUGCCCCUGGGCCUGGAGAGAGCAGGCAGGGAUGGGGAGGACACCGGGCAGAGGUGGACCCAGCCCAGAACUCAGCUCUUCCGGUGGGGGGCACAGAGCUGCGAGAACUCAAAACACAGAUAUGUAGAGGUGGAGGCAACAAUCCAAGCAGGCCUACAGCGCACAUGAAGCAGUGAACUAAGUAGGGAGGGAGGGGACACAAGCUAAAGGAAGUCUUUGCGUGGCCCUCAGCAAAGAAGCAGAGGUAGACAGAGAAGGAGUGAGCAGGCAGGAGGCUCCCCUGAGGGCUUCUGGGCCCCAGACCUGCAUGCUUGGCACUCUGUAGGCUCAGCGUCAGGGCUGGGGAGCUCAGAGCUCUGCUGCCCUCCCGGAGGGGACCACACUGCAUAGUAGGUGACGUGCCCUCAUGAGAUGAAGUCGAGUUCCCAGUCCCCAUGCCAUCACAGCAAACUUUCUGCCUAUACAGUCAGGCCACCCAGGGCAUCUCUAUCCAAAUCAAGAGUCCACCAACCCACUACUGGUGUGGGCCAGGGGCAUUUUGAGCAUAAAUAGACUGGGUUUUCUGCUUAUGUGGCCUUUGCUGCUCCUUAUAGGCCAGAGACGGGGGUCAGUUUGCCAGAGUAUCCAUCAGGUAACAGCAACCACUUCCUUCCAGAGCUGGCACAGGGUGGGCCCUUCCCAGAGCAGUGAGAGCUGUGGGCAUAUUUAGGCAGCAGGUUGGGGAAGGAUGAUUGGGCAGGUGACAGAGCCAAGGGAUAACUGAAGCUUCCAGGAUGGUCCUCAAAGGCAUUUCAGCCCAUUCCCCACUAUGCACAAUGAAAGACGAAGAACACUAUAGUUUUAAUAUACACCAGUUUGGCUAAGUGGUGGGCAAAGCGCACACACAGUCCAGUAACGCUGGUUAGCUAAAGUAAAACGGCUGCAGCAAAGUCAAGUGUCAAAAUAGAAACUUUGGGGCUAUUUGGCAAAUUGCUCAUUCCAUAGAGUGCCUUUGGGCAAGUGAUUGUGGCCACCUCUGCCUGAGUGACCACCACUUACUGACCUGGGUGGGGUGGCCAGAGUUACUUACCCCUCAGAUAAAUCCACCCCCUACAUACAGACUUGGGAAAUGCCACUCAGCCCAGGGCCGCCACUGACAUCACAGAUGCAUUUUCCAGUCAGCCCAGAAGUUAAUGCUGGGCAGGGAGACAGUAUUGAACUGUAUCUUGCCCAGAUGAGCUUUGGGCGGCUCAGGUGGGUCUCUUUCCUCCUCACCACAAUAAUGGGCUCUAAGAAAUCAUGUUAACUAAAAAUCAGUGUAAUGUUUAUUUAAAAUAAAAGAGAAUGUUUCUAUGUA